AUUUCCAAAAGCUUGCAUCCUGAUUUUAUCGAGUUUUCUGACGAUAAUGAUGACGCAAAUGAUAAGGAUGCAAGUAGUAUGCUUCAUUCUGAUUGUGGUCGUAUAAUGCCCCAAUAUGAUGGCGUUGGUGAUGAACUCGAUGAGGAUGAAAGCGCAACUCACUACUGUCGUCAGCAGCUUCAACACCAACAGCAGCAUCAACAAAUGAUGAUGUUGCUUCCUGGGGGUCAUCUAGCUACCCCGGCGGGUCAGCGUGAGCUAUUUAAGCCUCAUCAACUCCCGAUCCCAUCAGUUCCCCGAACUUCGUUUGCUUCUUUGGGUCUCGUAGGGCCGAACAGUGGUAUUCUUAGCGCGGAGAUGGCAGAAACUAUUGACACAGACCAUAAUGCUUCCAAUGGGCAGGACGAAGAGGAAGAAGAUGAUGAUGUAGACGAGGAUGAUGCUGCUUUUGCAGCGAUCUACGCAGACUAUUUUGAUGAAUCUGACGAAGAGGAUAUUGUAGACCCAGCUUUGACUAGAGAUCCUACUGAUCACGGUAGCGAGUAUGGCUGGCCUAUACUCUCCGGCAAUCGAAAACGUCCAGCACCGAAUACCCCUUUUCUCAAUAUCGUAAGUUGA